AUGACCCAGAAUCCAAACUCUUCCUCGGACGCCAAGACGAGUCAUGGAUCUAUAUUCUCAUCUCUGCCUUUGGUGUUCAUUCUCUCAACGCACUUGUCUCUGGAGGCGUUAGAUGAGGCCGAAGAACGAUUGACGGAACAUGGCGGUAAGCUCACGUAUGAGAUCUCUGAAGCCAAAAUCAUUCUUGGAAAAGUUGGCCGCCCGAAACGUGCCGCGCUCGAAUUGCGCUCUCGCGGGGUCUGGACUGAGGAGGUUACUCCAGUUUUCACGAGUGCCGAUCCAGAGCCUCCUACAAAGCGUAGGAGAACAGAAGAGCCCCAUGAAGGCAACGACCCCCCAGUCGAAAUUAUCGAUUUAAGUACCGAGUCCGAGAGUGAAGAAGAUGGAGCUCGAAGUCGUCAUGACCCGACACCCCACCUGGUGGAAAAGGCAGUACUUCAUGAGAAUACAGUCACUGUUUUGAAGCUAGAAUGGCUGGAUGCAUCAAUCCAGGCGGGGGUAUGUAUACCACAAGAGACUUUUAUGGUAUACCGAGGACUGAAGAUACCUACUCCAACUACAACGGGAACGAAGAAAUAUUUGGAAGAAAAGUCAAGCCAAAUUAUUGAACGUGCCAAAAUGGAUGCCGGGUUCCCACCUCCGUCUAUCCAAACACCUGAUCACCGUCAUGCGAGACGCUCCAAGGAACCAUCGGAGCGCCAACGGCCAAAGCUUUAUAGACAGACAACCUCCGAGCACGACGAGAAGGAACCCCCACCACCCAAACCAGACUGGGUCCGAGACCAGGUUCUCUUUGCAUGUCUGCGGUCCGCUCCCUUGCACCCACCGAAUGAAGAGUUCAUCUCCCAGCUGGUCAAAAUCCGCCGUAUCCGAGAACUCACACUUGACGAGAUUGGUGUUCGGGCCUAUAGCACUUCUAUCGCGUCCCUAGCGGCAUACCCGUAUGUGAUACGUCGACCAAGUGAGAUCCUUGACUUGCCCGGGUGCGACGUGAAGAUCGCAAAUCUUUUCACCCAGUGGCAGCAGCAUGGUGGCUGCGAGCAUACCGAUGGCGACGGGAAUGUUGCAGCGGCCGAUGCCUUGGACUCAGACCCUGUGCUGCGAGUUCUGAACUCAUUCUAUCAAAUUUGGGGAGUAGGUGCGAAGACAGCACGAGAGUUCUAUUACUACCGAGGCUGGCGCGACCUCGAUGAUAUCGUUGAGCAUGGAUGGAGCAUACUUUCUCGUGUGCAGCAAAUUGGGGUCAAGUUCUACGACGAGUUCCAGGAAGGCGUUUCACGCGCUGAGUCCGAGUGUAUCGCUGAUAUUGUUCGAGAGCAUGCCAAUCGUGUUCGGCCAGAAGGGGAUGGCAUGGUUGAAUGCAUUAUCGUUGGCGGAUACCGGCGUGGAAAGGAAAUCAGUGGCGAUGUGGAUAUUAUAUUGACUCAUCGCGAUGAUACUGUAACAAAGAAUCUCAUUGUGGAUGUUGUUGCAAGUCUUGAGCAAGAUCAAUACAUCACGCAUACUCUCGCCUUGCAUGUCACUUCCUCACAUCGGGAGCAGCAGACUUUACCCUUCCACGGCGAAGACUCGAGGAGCUUUGAUACACUGGACAAAGCACUUGUUGUUUGGCAGAAUCCUCAUUUCAGCCCAGAACUAGCAGGUGCUGCGGAGGGUCAACGCAAAAGAAACCCGAAUCCUCACCGUCGUGUUGAUAUCAUUAUAUCGCCAUGGCGCACAGUCGGCUGUGCGGUGCUAGGCUGGUCUGGUGAUACGACCUUCCAGCGAGAUCUGCGACGGCAUGCGAAGAAGGCACACUCCUGGAAAUUCGAUUCGAGUGGUAUACGAGCUCGGAAUUCGAGUGGCCAGGUGGUGGAUCUCGAGCAUGGAGGAGAGACCUGGGAACAGCGAGAGAGGCUUGUUAUGGAGCGCAUGGGUAUAGGUUGGAGAGCACCACAAGAACGAUGUUCGAGGUAG